AUGGAUCUUGCUAACGAGUUGAAGAAUUGGACAGGAAGUGGAAAAGUAUCUUACCAAGAUAUCAUCAGCCUAGAGUCCCACUUCGACAAGGCAGAGUUGUUCCCAUUUAUAUCAUCUGCUGGGAAGUUGGGUGUGAUUGAUGACCCUGAGUUCAUAAGAGAAGAUGAGAAGAAGGAUGAAAGAGUUGAUCGGAUUGUUGGUAUAAUCAAAGCCAAUCAUGACUGGAAGCAAUUCAUUUGGAAAGUUGAGCCUUUACCAACUAAUAUGGUCUUUUCUAAUUCAGAAGAUGAUGUCGAAGUUGAAGAUGUCACGCCUGUUGUUGUAGAGAAACCGACAGUUGCUGCCAAGAGGGCCAAGCAUAAGCUAAAUGAUCCUGGUGUCGAGUCUCGUAAGAGAGAACUACUUUGUCAACGGGCAGCUGAACACAACACUGGUGUCUCCGGUGAAAUGAAGACCUUUAUUGUGGAUUUGUUCACUUCUUUUAAGGAGGUGGUGCGGAAAGACAUCCAAGACCAUUUUGACAAGGUCGACAUUGAGGUGGCUCAUAUCAAAGAAAAAGUGUCUCAGAUUAUGGGUCCUUCAGAUACAGUGGCCAAAGCAGCUAAGAGUGUGGAUCCUUCAGUACCACUUGCGAAAGAUCAAGACAAAUCGUCAUAG